UAAACCGAUAUUCACCACAUACGAAAGUUAUAAACUGUGAAAUUAACCUAUAACUGAUUCCAUCGAAAUUUGGUAACCUGUUGGAUUUUUUUCAUAAGAAACACACAAAAUGCUGAUACCGAGUUAGGAGGAAUGAAAAUGUGCGUGAAAAAUGACGAGAUGCCUACGGAUAUUCGGUGCUUAUUCAUACAGAUUGAGCCGAAGACAUUCGACGAUACUUUUGCUUGCGUUUCUGAUAGCAACCGUAACGCUUAUACUGCAUCUCUACGCCUACAGGCAUCAAGAACCCGAACAGCUGCAGACGUCAAUCGGUGAUUUUGACUAUAAGCCAGCUUCAUUCUUGAUUGGGAUGCAGCCAAACGAAAGCAUCAAUUACUGCGAUUUUAAUUACGGCCUCCCGCACACGCUCGAAUGGGAUAACCUCCAAACUUAUCCGUCCCCGGAGACUGGAAAUAAAAGUCCUUAUAGAGUCAUAUAUGAUGCUAUCAAAAGUAGGGCUUAUAGUAAUUGCGGUGUGUAUAAUGCAGUAACUUAUGCCACACAAGCAACUCCUGAAUUCAUUUACCAUAUCGUUGAGAUUGCUCGCUACUGGGAUGGACCCAUCAGUCUCAGUGUAUUUGUACCUGAUUACGAUUUGGAUAUAACGAUGCAGAUAAUGAACCAGCUCUGCCAUUGCUACCCUGGUAUGUCCAAAGUUUCAUUACAUCUCUUUUAUCCAAAGAAACUCACACCAAAACUUAGAACCAGGAGGCUGUUUUUACCUGUUACUACGGAACCGUCAACGACACCAUCGAACAUCAGCUUAGAAGAGAUGUUCAGGAAGAAAUUGGAAAAUUACAGGAAUUUGAACAACAAAACUAGAGCUGAGUACAUACAAGGAGCAAGGAAAAGAAAAAUUGAAAAGAUGAUGAUCGGCAUGAUCAAAGGAAAACCGGUUAUACCGAAGUUAACAUUCAAAGAUUGUUCGGGUCCAGAUUCGUUCGAUAUAAAAACAUUUAGAAAGGAAAACAACAUGCUAUAUCCGAUUAAUGUCGGCAGGAACGUUGCUAGAAAUGCAUCGAAGACGAACUAUUUCAUAGUUUCCGAUAUAGAAAUGGUGCCGAGUGACGGGUUAGCGACUAAAUUUCUCGUGAUGCUGAGGAAACUUAUGGGAAAUAAGAAACGUGACGAGGGCUGUGUGUUCACUAAGACGAUCUUUGUGGUGCCAUUGUUUGAAGUGGAGAGAGGCGAGGAAAUACCGCGGAACAAAGACACGUUAGUUCGCAUGGUAGCGGCGAACCGAGCAAUGUAUUUCCAUCAGAAGGUUUGCUCUCAUUGUCAAAGGUUUCCCGGACUGCAGUCGUGGCUUCUGCGAACCCCGCCGGACGUUCUGGAACCGAUGCUGAUCGCGAGAAGGGAGUACCCUUACCACAGAUGGGAGCCUUUGUACUUUGGCACACACAAGGAGCCUUGGUACAGCGAGAUGCUCUCUUGGGAGGGACGUCAGGAUAAAAUGCCACAGAUGUUAGAGUUAUGCCUUCAAGAAUACCGAAUGGUGGUCUUGGAUGGAGGGUUUCUCUGCCACGCUGCGGUUUCCCGAACUCAUUCCACCAGACAAUCGCGCGCCGAGAGACUAAACUCGGAACGUUACAUGAAGAUCUUAGCGGCGCUACGACGUAAAUACCAUCAGAAACAACAGUGCAAAGUUAUGUGAGAGCGCUUGUCAUAUCGGAGUGUAGGCAGAACGAUAUCGACUAAUUAUUUGAAUUCAAAAGAUGCUUGUGAUUUCUAAUUUGGUGUCUGUUUGGUUGGCAGUGGAUGCGAAUAGGACGGACUGCCAUUCAACCAAGACAAAUCAAAAAUUCUCACUUUACGACCUUAUGUGAAGAGCGAAUUUGAUUUGACUGUAUAAUGAAAACAUUAUUUACACUCAGUUCUUAAUAUACCAGAUAACUGAAAACCUUUUAACAACAGUAUUAAGAUAAUCGUUCUGCUUACUCUGUUAUGACAAAAGGAAAUGUGAACGGACUGUGUAAUGUGUUUUAAAUGUAAACUUUGAGAACUGCGGCAUUAAUGUGACUAGGCUCUUCGGUGAAGUGGCGAGGCUUCGGCGGCCGUUAGUGUUUUCGACUUCACGAUCGCAAGGCUACGUGUAAACAACGGCGAAUCCAGGAGGGGAUCAUGGGGUUCAUGAGCCCCCCUGAGCUGGUUCCAGGACUUAGGUGGGCCGCUAAUUGAACAUAAUGAUUUUAUUUAUAUAUUUGUCACCAUACAGAUUAU